GCACUCGGAGAGAUAUCACUGCUGCGCUGUCUCCAGCGUGGGCUGCAACUAAACACGAGCAGAGUUAACUUCAGUGGAGCCUGCGGGACCAGAAACAGCCGAGACACCUCACAGCCAGAGCAGGAAAAGGACGGGCAACACUACAAAAUGACAACUAAGAAGCCGCAGAGCAUGCUCCGGGAGGCUUCUCACCAGAUUAUCGCCGGUGGAUCCGCAGGUCUGGUGGAGAUCUGCUUGAUGCAUCCCCUCGAUGUAGUGAAGACAAGGUUCCAGAUCCAAAGGGGAUCCGGUGACCCCAACAGCUACAAAGGCCUGGGUGAUUGCUUCCGGACCAUCUUCCGCAAUGAAGGAGUAUUUGGCUUCUACAAAGGGAUCCUGCCUCCGAUUCUGGCAGAGACACCAAAAAGAGCGGUGAAGUUUUUCACCUUUGAGCAAUACAAGAAGUUGCUGAAUUUGACCCCUUUGUCUCCUGGUGUGGCGCUGUCUGUGGCAGGGCUUGGCGCAGGGCUGACUGAGGCUGUUGUUGUCAAUCCAUUCGAGGUGGUGAAAGUCAGUCUCCAGGCCAACAGAGACUCUUUCAAAGAGCAACCCUCUUCAUUCGCUCAAGCAAGGCGCAUAAUUAAAACGGACGGAUUCGGACGGAGGGGUCUGAAUAAAGGAUUGACAUCGACACUGGGACGCCAUGGAGUUUUCAACAUGAUCUACUUUGGCUUCUACUUCAAUGUCAAGGAUGCUAUUCCUACCAGCCCGGACCCUACUCUGGAGUUCAUGAGGAAGUUCGCUAUUGGCCUCGUGUCUGGGACCAUCUCCUCCUGUGUGAACAUACCCUUCGACGUAGCCAAGAGCCGCAUUCAAGGACCGCAGCCCGUGCCCGGAGAGAUCAAGUACCGCACCUGCUUCCAGUCCAUGGCACUGGUGUAUCGUGAAGAGGGGUACUUGGCACUUUACAAGGGGCUGGUGCCCAAGAUAAUGAGGCUUGGACCAGGUGGAGCAGUGAUGCUGCUGGUCUAUGAAUAUGUGUCUGGAUGGCUACAGAGGAACUGGUAACAAACAAACAAACAAAAAAAUCAGAAAGGAAACAAAAGAGAGUGCCUUAUAGAUUGUACCUCACUGCCAAUAUCGUUAACUGACUCCAGUAACGUCAGACCAAAUUAGUUUUUUUGUUUGUUUGUUUUUUUAUACCUUGAAUACACAAUACUGCUCUGCAAAAUACCAAAUCAGCAUUACGAUAUGUCUUACAAUGCAACUUUCACAAAAAGUCCAAGUUACUUUCUCAGGAAUUAAAAACAGCUGUAAUAUUAGAAAAUUGACAAAUACUUAUACUAAUAGAAAACAGGUUUUUUCAACAGUGGAUCAGUUGGUUUUAAAGGCCUUGGAAACCUAUUUUCUCGAUCAGCUUCCUACUAUGAGUAAUGGAGUCCUACAUGACAACAAUAUUUUCUGCCAAAUUUAAAACAGUUUGGGUUAUUUCACAUGAGAGAUUCAUGCAUUUGGGACUUUUUCAAAUCUGUGCUCCCCUCACUAGUUUGAGGUGGGUGGUGCUCAGUUGGGACAGUUUGCGAGUAUGUUUGCUCAUAUGUUGUUUGCAAACUACACCCAGAGAGUUGAAGGAAUACUUCACCCCAGAAAUGAUGAUUUGUCUGUCAGUUACUCACCCUGUGUAAACUUGAAUUCUUGAAGAAAACUUUUUUUUCUUGCAUGCCUCCUUAGUGAAAGAAUAAUCCAAAAACUGAGUACAUUUUUGAAGAACUAAGGUGAAUGGGUGCUGCACGUAACAACAGCAAAACUGUAUCAAAACAUCUGUUUUCAAACUCGCACAACUCAUGUACUUUAUUUCAAGUCUCAUGAACAGGUUUGUGUGAUAUCUGACGAAAUAUGACCAUUCUAAUUAAUGCUGUGAAACAGCCUUGUAAACAUUUGACGAUUAAACUUGUUGAUAACGUGACACGGAAAAAUUUAGUUCAGUUUAGGCAACAAAACUCAUUGCUUAAGGUUAGAAACAGGGUUUGGGUUAAAAAUAGUACUCCUGGUAGAAGAUGACAUUGAAGGUGAUGUAAACCAUUAAGUAUUAAAGUACAGAAGUUUAUUUAGUUCACUUAAAAUAAUGUUGGUUUUUAGUUCAAACAAAACAAACACUGGUGCAUGAGGUCAAAGUCUUGUGUUUUUUUUUGUACUCAUCCAAACUCGCACGGACAAUUGUACAUGUUUUAAAUAGUAUGGUUUUAAGAAAAAUUAAUGUGUUUGGGAAGCAGUGAGCAUACGACUGGAGACUUGAAUUAUACUGCACGACUUGUGUAUAUGUUUUUAUAAACGGAUGUUUUGAUGUAGUUUUGCUGUUGUUAAAUGCAGCCUCCAUUUACUUAAAUUUAUCAAGAAUUUCUUUAGUUUUUCUUGCAUGCAUGUGGUGAAAGAAGAUCCAAAAACAAGUAACGUAGGGUGACUAACUGAUUAACAAGUGGUUAGUCUGUAUUCCUUUAACCUCUUAAAGACAGGUUUUUUCCGAAGUAGCUUAUUAAAUUCUAAAUGGUAAUGUAAUGCUAAAUAUUUUAAACCGAGUUUAGGGGCUUUAAUGUUCAUUUUCACACGUAAUAAAACAGCCAGAAUUGAAUGACAAAAGGGCUUACUAAAUAAAAAUAAAAAACUCAUUCUAGAGCUUCAAGCAUAGAUCAGGAUUAUAUAGCUGCACAAUACAUGUUAUAUGAUGAAACAAACACGUAUUGAGUUCAGAUGAGUCUCACUUCGUGCUCUGACUCAGUUGAUCUUCAUCUCUCAAACAUCACUUUUAUCUUGAUAAUAUGAAGACAUAUUACUAUUAUAAUAAUAUAAUAGUAAUAUAAACUGCUCAUUAAGAUGCAAUUUUUGAAGUCAGCUGCAGUGCAUACACAACCACUACAGCAGAAGAGUGUAUAUACACACAAAUAUAUACUGUUAGUCUCUACACAUCUUCAUAUUCAACAUGCAUAAGUGUUCGCAAAUAUAUACUGUGAUCACACUCAUAAUACUGAGCCUUAUCUCAAACAAACCAAAUGACUCAUAAAUCUUAAGAGGAAUUAUUGUGUGUAAGAACUUCUUACAGAACUUUUUUAAUGAAAAUUGUUUUGCAUGACUGGUUUUUAUGUACCUCCUUUUUAAAUUGGACUAGUAUGAAAUAUUUUGUUAGUAAGAAAUUGUGUUAGUCAGUCAUUUCAAUGUAGAAUAUUAGCAUUUGUGAAAAGUUACGUACGUGUAUUGGUCACAAAUAAAAAAAGAAUCAAAUUAAA